GUGGACACAGAAAAGGCGAGAAGAUGUGUCGCACAAGAUGCUCAAGAUGGAUUAGAGAAAGCUAGUCAGUCCUACUUGGACGCAUUGAGUGUGGUGAAUGCAUCAGUCAUUGAGAUGGGAGCACAUAUUGGCGAACUUAGACUGGCAUGCGAUGAUCUAAACACCCGCUUAGGCGAAGCAGAUCAUUCUACUCGCUACCUGUUACAACACGCCAAUGGCUUGCGAAAACAGCAUGAACUCACCGUUCAACAAUCCAACCUUCUCAAUAUCUUUUUGGACCGAUUCACACUCACAGAGAAAGAGCAAGAAACAAUUGAAUCACGCUCGAUCCCUGUCGGAACGGCUUUAUUUGCAGCCAUGGAUAAGAUCAAUCGCAUUCGAACUGAAUGUCAAGUUCUCUUGGUAGGACAAGAGGAAGGCAUCAAAGCAGGUAUGAGGGCAGGAAUGGGUAUAAUGGACGAAACAUCAACUUUUCUCGAUAAAGCACAGCAAAAGAUUGGAAAGUGGCUCUUGUCGGAAAUGCGAAGUUUUGCCAGAGAGGGCGUAGAGGUUGGACAACAUGUUCGUGAAGCGGUUUUACGUCUUGAUGGACGAGAGGAUUUGUUACGGCCAGCUUUGAAGACGCUAUCGGGUGCAAGAGCACAAUUGCUUUCGAAUGCAUUCCAGCGAGCUCUUACCGUUGGUGGACCUGCACCGACUUACCUACCUCGUCCUAUUGAGCUGCAUGCCCAUGAUCCUAUUCGAUAUGUGGGUGAUAUGUUGGCAUGGGUGCAUCAAUCUGUUGCUUCGGAGCGAGAAUUCUUGACGGCCUUUUUCUCCAAGAUUGGAGAUCUUCGAGGGUUGGAGGGAAUGCGUAGAGUAGGUCAAAGGAGAAGAGGAUUGGAAGGCAGUAUUGAUUGGACAGGCGAUGAUACAGCAGGACUUCCAAAAGCCGAAUUGUGGACACGCGAAACGCUUGAUAAGGUGAUUGAAGGAUGUUGUCAUUCGUUACGUAUUCGGAUCGAACAAACUGUCAAUUCGCAGGAAGGAUGCAUUACAACGUAUCGUUUGGCCAGCUUGAUACAAUUUUAUCGGGUCACAAUGGAGCGAACAUUAGGUACUCGAGCAGCCUUGAGCAGGACACUGAAAGCUUUGAGUAUUAUGACUUAUCGUGCCUUCCUGUCAACGCUAGAAAGGCUUGGAGCAGGUCUUGCACGGUUCCACGAUUUGCCGGAAGCAGAUUUGAGUCCUCCCGCUCCAGUCUUGGGAGCAUCUGCAACGUUGAAGGAAUUAUUAUCGGCCCAUCAAGCCUCACUUUCGGAAGCAGAUAUGUUUGGAGAUGCUUUGCCGUUGAAGGAUUUACCGCCAGAUGAAUCGCGUGAUUUUGGAUUGGUACUUUCUCGAUUGAUCGAGCCGAUUAUGGAUGUUUGCACUCGAAUGGGUGAUGCCUUACUCAACGCAAGUCGUGGAAGAGGAAAUGAAGUAGAGGAGAAAGCGCAUUGGAAACGGGAUAUUUUCCUCAUCAAUUGCUUGAACUAUGUGAAAAGCGUGAUUGAGUUCCAUCAUUUCGCAGCUCGAUCCGUUGGUCGAAUAGAAGAAGAUUUGGAUCAACAUGUGGAGGAGUUGAUCAAACGACAUUACACACAAUUGAGUGUAGAAAGCGGGUUGGAUUCA